UCAGCUCCGACCCUCGAUCUAUUCAGAAGUUGGAUCAAUGAAUGCCCCCAUAAUCACAAGAUUUGCAAUACAAUUCCUAACGCACGCCCUCCCAGCCGCCUACUCCAGAUAAAUCUCGCCCCUGCACCUGAAUACGGUAUCCCUACUCUUCAACUUUUUCACACUUCCCCAACCGAGAAAUACACAUAUGUUGCAGUUAGCCACUGUUGGUCAUAUACCCGGCCGCUCAAAACCACGGCCGCUAAUUUGACGGCUCACCUUGCCUCUGUUCCUUGGGGCUCUCUCUCACCCGUCUUCCGCGACACUGUACUGCUCUGUAUCUGCCUAGGCUAUGACUACAUAUGGAUAGACUCCCUAUGUAUCUUGCAAGAGGAUGCGCUCGACUUUGCAGCCGAGGCGCCGCACAUGGGGCAAAUCUAUGCACAAUCAGCACUCGUCAUUGCCGCA